GAAGAUCAUAAAAAGAUGAAACAUCAGGCCUUGACGGAAUUUGAAGCCUAUAAGGAUAGAGUUGAAGACAUGCAGCUUUGUGCAGAAGCUCAGCAUGUCCAACGUGUAGUGACUAUGUCAAGAGAAGUAGAAGAGAUUAGAAAGAAAUUUGAGGAAAGAUUACGGAGUUUCAUACAGUUGCAAGUGCAGUAUGAGAAGGAUAAGCGCUCAGCUCUGGAAGACUUGAGGGCUGCACAUAGACUUGAGAUUCAAGAGCUUCUGAAGACUCAGCAGAGUCAGAAUGCUACGUUAAGUAAGGGGCAAGAAAAGCUAGAGGAACUGCAUAGACUGGAGCUGGAAGACUUAAACAGUAAAGUUGAAGAGUUAAGACUAGAAAGAAAAAAACUCAUUGAGGACUAUGAAGGCAAACUCAGCAAAGCUCAGUCCUUUUAUGAACAUGAACUUGAUUCUCUGAAAAGAUCUCAGCUUUUUACAGCUGAAAGCCUGCAUGCUUGUAAAGAAAAAGAAGUGGAGCUAAGAAAAGAGUUUCAGAACCAAGAAAGUAUUCUACGGAAGAACCUGGGAAAACUUAAAACUGAAUUGCAAAUGGUCCAAGAUGAAGCUGCCAGUCUACGGGAAAAAUGUCAGAAACUUCAGGUAGCUCUUGGUACAGCAGAAAACAAUGUACAGGUUCUUCAAAAACAACUAGAUGAUGUGAAGGAGGAGGAGAUAUCAUUGUUAAGCAAACACAAAGAAGUGGAAAGUGAGCUAGCAGCUGCUAGGGAACGCUUACAGCAGCAGGCCACUGAUCUUGUUCUCAAAGCCAGUCACAUUGGGAUGCUUCAGGCUACUCAAAUGACUCAAGAAGUUACAAUCAGAGAUUUGGAAUCAGAAAAGUCUAGACUGAAAGAAAAACUAUCCCAACUGGAAGAGGAAAGAAACUUACUACAAAGCAAAACACAGAGCCUGGAUGAGCGACAAAGGCAGCAGAUUUUGGCACUGGAGAAGAAAGUAAAUGAAGCAAGGGAGACGCAACGGGAAUAUUAUGAGAAGGAACUGGUGAAAUUGCAGGCAAGGUUAGAAGGAGAGGCUACUCAGUUAAAGGAGGCUCAUUCUAAGACCUUAGAAGAACUGGCAUGGAAACACCAUACUGCAAUUGAGGCUGCUCACACUAAUGCUAACAAGGAUAAGAAGAAACUACAGAUGGAGUUGGAGCAGCAGUUUGAGAAGGAAAAACUCCACAUGGAGGAGGAUAAGAGUCAACUUCGACAGCAGUUGGAAAACCUGCGGGAAGAGCUGACAACCAAGCUGACUUCAGCUAAUCAGGAGGUGUGUCGUCUACAAGAUCUAGUGAGAAAAAGUGAACAAGGCCUUGGUACUGCAGAAGGACAUAUUUCCAGUCUUCAAGAAGCUCAGGAGAUACUCCAAAAAGAACUAGAGUUAACUAGAGCAAGACUGCGCGAAACUACAGAUUCAUUGUAUAGUGUUGAGGGAGAACUAGAUCAGGAGAGACAACAACAUGAGGUAAUGAUUGCUGCCAUGAGAGAAGAGGAGAAGUUCAAAGUUGACAGAAUGGCCCGUGACUUGGAAAUCAAAUGGACAGAAAAUCUUCGGCAAGAAUGUAAUAAGCUUCGUGAAGAGCUGAGGCUUCAACACGAAGAGGAUAAAAAGGCAGCUAUGACUCAAUUAUUACAGCUGAAAGAACGUGAAAAAAAUGCAGCCAGGGAUGGAUGGCAAAAAAAAGUUGAGGACCUUUUAGACCAGAUCUCAUUGCUGAAGCAGAAUCUGGAGAUGCAACUUUCCCAGUCUCAGAGCUCUUUGCAACAGCUGCAAGCCCAAUUCAGUCAGGAGAGACAGAGACUGACUCAGGAGAUCCAGGAAUUAGAAGAAGAGCAUCAGCAAAGGCAUAAGUCUCUCCAGGAAGCCCACAUCCUUGCAUUUCAAAAUAUGGAAGAAACAAAAGAACAGGAGCAAAAGGAGUUAGAAGAGCGUUUACAACAAAAGCAUUCAGAAGAACUUCAAGCGCUGAAAGAAACGCAUAAACAAGCCAUGGAAGGAUUCAAAUUGGAGAUGGAACAGGAACUUCAGACUCUUCGAUUUGAGCUGGAGGAUGAAGGAAAAGCUAUGUUAGCUUCCCUGCGCUCAGAGCUGAACCAUCAACAUGCAGCAGCAAUUGACCAGCUAAGGCACAAUCACCAGCAAGAGUUAGUAGCUGCCAAACUGGAACUUGAAAGAAGCAUAGAACUCGGCAGACGACAGGAAAAAGAAUUUUUAUGCCGAAUAUCAGAUCUGCAAGAUGAACUGAGACACCGAGACCAUCAUAUAGCUGAACUGGAUAAAGAGAUUCUGCAUCUUCAUGAGAAUAUAAGUGCACUGACUAAGGAACUAGAGUUUAAAGGGAAAGAAGUUCUUAGAAUACGCAGUGAAUCCAACCAGCAGAUCAGGAUGCAUGAGCAAGAUUUAAGCAAGAAACAUGAGAAAGAGCUGGAUGUCUUGACAGCAGAUCACAUCAGAGAGAAACAAAGCAUGCUGGCAGAUUUUAAUAAGACCCAAGAGCUGCUCAAGGAAAUUAAUUCAGCUUUACAAAUUUCUUUAGAAGAAAUGGAAGAAAAAUACAAAAACAGAGAAUCAAGACCAGAAGAUUUGCAGCUUAUCUCAGAGCUGAAAGACCUAAUUGCAGAGAGGGACCAGCUCAUAAAGAAAUUGAUUGAGGACAAAAAGUUCUAUCAACUGGAACUAGUUAACAGGGAGACUAACUACAACAAAGUGUUUAAUGCAAGCCCUAAUGUUGGUGUUAUUAAUCCAUUGGUGAAGCAAAAGAAGAAGAAUGAUAAAUCGACAAACAGGUUUGUGAGUGUCCCCAAUCUAAGUGCUCUGGAAUCUAGCGGAGUGGGCAAUGGACAUCCUAACCGCCUGGACCCCAUUCCUAACUCACCCAUCCACGAUAUUGAGUUCAACAGCAGCAAACCACUACCACAGCCAAUACCACCCAAAGAGCCCAAGGCGUUUUUGAGCCCUCCUCAGACUGAAGCUUCACCAGUGGCUUCCCCAGAUCCACAGCGCCAGGAGUGGCUUGCCCGAUACUUCACAUUCUGA